AUGGAGCCCCCGCGCGCGCCCGCUCUGUGCCGCCUGCUGCCACCGCUGUUGCUCCUGCUGCUGCCACUGCUCCCCCGCGCCCGGGCCAAGUACGUGCGGGGCAACCUCAGCUCCAAGGAGGAUUGGGUGUUCCUGACAAGAUUUUGCUUUCUUUCGGAUUACGGCCGACUGGACUUCCGUUUCCGAUACCCUGAGGCCAAGUGCUGUCAGAACAUCCUCCUCUAUUUCGACGACCCAUCCCAGUGGCCGGCUGUGUACAAGGCAGGGGACAAGGACUGCCUGGCCAAGGAGUCAGUGAUCAGGCCUGAGAACAACCAGGUCAUCAACCUCACCACCCAGUAUGCCUGGUCAGGCUGUCAGGUAGUGUCAGAGGACGGAACCCGCUACCUGAGCUGCUCCAGUGGCCGAAGCUUCCGCUCGGUUCGUGAAAGGUGGUGGUACAUCGCACUCAGCAAGUGUGGGGGAGAUGGGCUGCAGUUGGAGUAUGAGAUGGUCCUCACCAAUGGCAAGUCCUUCUGGACACGGCAUUUCUCGGCUGAUGAGUUUGGGAUCCUGGAGACAGAUGUGACUUUCCUCCUCAUCUUCCUCCUCAUCUUCUUCCUCUCCUGUUACUUUGGAUAUUUACUGAAAGGUCGUCAGUUGCUCCACACAACUUACAAAAUGUUCAUGGCUGCAGCAGGAGUGGAGGUCCUGAGCCUCCUGUUUUUCUGCAUCUACUGGGGCCAGUAUGCCACUGAUGGCAUUGGCAACGAGAGUCUGAAGAUCUUGGCCAAGUUGCUCUUCUCCUCCAGCUUCCUCAUCUUCCUGCUGAUGCUCAUCCUUCUGGGGAAGGGAUUCACAGUGACACGGGGCCGAAUCAGCCACUCGGGCUCCGUGAAGUUGUCUGUCUACAUGACCCUGUACACUCUCACCCACGUGGUGCUGCUCAUUUACGAGGCCGAGUUCUUUGACCCAGGCCAGGUACUAUACACGUACGAGUCGCCGGCGGGCUAUGGGCUCAUUGGGCUGCAGGUGGCGGCUUACGUGUGGUUCUGCUAUGCUGUGCUCAUCUCCUUGCGUCACUUCCCGGAGAAGCAGCCCUUUUACGUGCCCUUCUUUGCUGCCUACACCCUCUGGUUCUUUGCCGUUCCUGUUAUGGCCCUGAUCGCCAACUUCGGGAUCCCCAAGUGGGCCCGGGAGAAGAUUGUCAAUGGCAUCCAGCUGGGGAUCCAUUUGUAUGCCCAUGGCGUGUUCCUGAUCAUGACACGCCCGUCGGCGGCCAACAAGAACUUCCCGUACCAUGUGCGCACGUCGCAGAUCGCCUCAGCCGGGGCCCCCGGCCCGGGAGGGAGCCAGUCCACGGACAAGCCCUUCCCGCAGCACGUCUAUGGGAACGUGACGUUCAUCAGCGACUCGGUGCCCAACUUCACGGAGCUCUUCUCCAUCCCCCCGCCCGCCUCCUCCGCCGGGAAGCAGGUGGAGGAGACGGCGGUGGCGGCGGCGGUGGCCCCGAGGGGCCGCGUGGUGACCACGGCCGAGCGGGCGCGGCCCUCCCCGCCCCUUCCCGCUCGGUUCCCCAAGGCGGGCCGACCCGAGCUGGAUGGCCCGACGCCGCCCUACCAGCCGCUCGUGCCCCAGACGGCCGCGCCGCACACCGGCUUCACCGAAUACUUCAGCAUGCACACGGCCGGGGGCACCGCACCCCCGGUCUGAGCACCCUUGCCCACCCCCGCCCCAUGGGCC